GGAAAAGGAGGAGCCCUGCGCACGGCAUUCUGGGAGCGCGUGGUAUUCUGGGUAUCCGGGGCCCGCCAUUCCCUCGCUUCACGCCUUCGCUUUCUAACGUUUUUUCCAGAACCGAAAAGGAGCCUGCAGUUUCUUGGUGGGGAGAGGCGACUGACGGCACAGGAAGAAUCCUGCCAAGAUGUCUAUCGGUGUGCCAAUUAAAGUCUUGCACGAGGCUGAGGGCCACAUUGUGACGUGUGAGACCAACACUGGAGAGGUCUAUCGAGGGAAGCUCAUUGAAGCAGAGGACAACAUGAACUGCCAGAUGUCUAACAUCACAGUCACCUACAGAGAUGGCCGAGUGGCACAGCUGGAACAAGUAUACAUCCGUGGCAGCAAGAUCCGAUUUCUGAUAUUGCCUGACAUGCUGAAAAAUGCACCAAUGUUAAAGAGCAUGAAAAAUAAGAACCAAGGCUCCGGAGCUGGCCGAGGGAAAGCUGCUAUCCUGAAGGCCCAAGUGGCUGCAAGAGGAAGAGGACGUGGAAUGGGGCGUGGAAACAUCUUCCAGAAGCGAAGAUAACUUUCUCAGUUGAAGAGAACAUUGUCCUUAACUCUGUUAGGUUAUUGGGGGGGUUACAUGUGCAUAAUGUCAUAGGUUUUCUUUUGAUAUUUCUCUUUGUACCGAGAAAACUGUUAAGCUUAAUAAAAUUGGUUUCUUUGUGGUU